AUGGAGCCGGAGGCGCCGCGGGACCUGCGGGCGCUGCUGGAGCGGGCGGGCGGGCGGGAGCCGCUGCGCUUGGCGGGCGAGGCGCGGCCGGCCGAGCUGGAGACCUUCGCCCGGGACCUCUUCGCCGAACCGCCGCCGGAGGAAGAACCAGAAGCACCAGCAGGAGGAACAGCGGCCGUUGCAGCGAAGCGGCGGCGGGCUCGGGUGCGCAGCGGGGCCGGGCGGCCUCCUUGGCGGGGCUGCGCGUUGCUCUUCGCCCUCUUCCGAGCCGCCUCGCUGGAGCAGCCGCGGGAGAAGCGCCGCCUGCGCGAGAUCCUCCGCGACCUGCGCGCCCAGCUGCCCGCCGCCCCGCCGCCCGCCGUGGUCGGCGUGGUGCUCCUGCGGCAGCCCCCGCCGAGGCAGCCCGAGGCGGCGCGGCUGCAGCUGGAAGGGCUGCUCCGGACGGUCUUCCGCCACCCGGGGCUCCCGGAGACCUUGCAAGCCGUCGCUUACCGGCCCGGGGACGGCCGGGAGGCCCGGGAAGCCGCUUGCCGCGCGCUCCGAGCCGCCCUGAAGCUCCGAGCAGACGGGGCAGAACCUCCAAAGCAGAAACUUCCUGCCUUCUUGUCGUGUAUCCCGUGGGGCAGAAGGAGCGAGGAUUUUCACACAGACGCAAAAUUAAAUGAAGAUGCUGUACAAGACUUAGAAGGAGCCAUGGCUUUGACCAACAUCACACCCAACGGGAAGUGUGAAGAGGCCUCAGAGGCGUUGGACACCUAAGUGGUUUGUUGGUCUCUCUGAUGGAAACCGAGGUUUGUUGUCUCUCUGAUGGAUUUCAAGUCCUUCUCAUCCUAUCUUUCCGGGAGUGAAAACAUUCCAAAUCUGGGACAGCCUUACAAGUUCCGUGAAGGAAGCAGCUAGAAGCUUGUCUGUUUUUUUUAAUGAUAGUUUGUUCCAGAGCCAUUUGUGCAGAAGAGAUGCUGGUUUGUCUCCUUUCAGCAUCCUUGUUUCACGGGGAACCAAAGAAGCAUUUUUUUCCUAUUCUUAAGCACGUCAAGAUGUGUGUUCAUGAAAGCCACUGGACCUCUUGAGGCUCACAAUUUAGAGAACCAUCAUUGCUUUCCAAAAGUUUGUGAUGGAGACUGUUACAACAGAAACGGCAACACAAUCAUCAUUCUUGCCACAGAUUAGACUUGUCUCUUUCUUAUUGAAUUGGUCUCCUUCGUUUUGGAAUCCCUGUCUGCAGGGUUAGAAAUCUUGAAGCUCGGAAAGAAAAGAGAAACAAUGGCUCGUGUUUUGAGAAAAAGUUCCACUUUAUUCUGUUUCUGAAUAUGAUUUCUGGUGGCAAAGAAAUUAUACUACAUUGUUAAUGAAGAUACACAUGCAGUUACUCAGUCUUGUGGCUACUCUGUGCCUUGCUAUGUUUUGGAAACUUACAAUAGAGAUGUUUCUCAACCGUGGUCAUUUUCAAAUGUAUGAGCUUCCAUUCCCAGAAUUCCCCAGCCAGCCUUUCAAAAGUCUACACAUUUGAAAGUGUCCAGGAUUAAGUUUAGGUUGAGCAACACUGUAUUACAGGCAUAGUUAAAACUUGCAAUAUUUUUUUUUUCAUCAAAAUAAACGGUUAUGCAUUUCGCGAAUGAAGGCAAAGGUUAUGGUUAUGCAUUUUUACAGACAUGUUUUUUCAACAAAAUAAAUGUUUAUUCAUUUGUCACUCUCCUAGAGAAAGCUUUCCCAAAUGCUGUAUUUUGUAGCUUGAAUCUUUAAUUUUAUGAUUCUUUGUUUUUUUAAUAAAAAAAAAUCUUGAUGAGAUUGUAAGGGCCUAACCUCCCAUAUCUUCUAGUAUAGCCUGUGGCAGAAAGUUUCGGGAUGAGGUGGGGUGUUUUUGGUUUGUCUAUAUCGUUUGUGACUCUUUGCUCAUGGGUUCAAAGCAGGUUUAUUUAAAAGCAAUAUAUAGAUAGUGAGGGAGACAGAGAGAAAGACAUACAGAGAGACAGAGACAGAAAACUAGAGAAAAAAAGAAGAGAGAAAGAAGGGGAGGGAAGGGAAGGGAAGGAAGGAAGAAAAAAGAGAUAAAGAAGAAAGAAAGAAAAAAGGAAGGAAAGAAAGGAGAGAAAGGAGAGAAAGGAAGAAAGAAAAGAGAGAGAGAAAGAAAAAGAGAAAGAAAAAAGAAAAAGCAUGCAGGUCCCUGACUUGUCAUAUAUUUAACCUGACUCAGGAUAGUAAGAUUGUAACCUAGUUUAUUUGAGAAACCCCAGUAUGGGGAAAAAAUGUUUUUUAAGUAUAGUCACAUAGUGUGGAAAAACAAUUGAGAAUUCAGUUCAUUUCAUAAUUUUAAUGGUUUCAAGUAUCCCACGUAUUGCUUCUUGAAGAUACGGGGGCAAAGUUUUAAAAUGCUUAUAACUUAUUUACUAACGAUGAAGUUAACCAUUGUUUACUUAAUCCAGUUUGCACAGAUGGACUUGCCUAAGAAGCAAGCCAAAAAGGUGGUUUCGAUUUUUGAGGUUGUGCAAAUCCAGCUACAGGAAUUACAGGAAGAUAAGGACAAACAGAAGUUACCCCAUAAUUCUUUUACCAAUUUAAAUCGGUUUUCAGGCAGAUUAUAGCAGAUAUAUACUUCGGCAAUGGGAUUUUUUUAAACUCAAGCUGGUUCCCAAUAGCUUUUGCAAAUGUUUGACUAGGUUCACCUACCAAGUUUAAAUUAGUUUAUAAAUAAACUGCGGGGAAGUUGUAGAGCUUUUGAAACGUACAAAUCAAAAGAUAAACCUACGGAUCAACAGGCUUCCAUAUUUCAUCGCAAACCUUAAAGUGGGAUGUUUGAAUUUGGCUUGUCACGAUUCGUAAACAGCAAUAACCCCUUUCUCUUCAGAGGACUUUGUGCCUUUAGUUGGAAUUUUUUUUUAGUGCAUUUUAAUGCUGUGCCUUUUGAAUAUCUGUGGAAUAAGCCGCCAUUCAUGGCAUAGGUGCCUUGCCUUGUGCAAUGACUGUUUAGAGCUAAUCCUCUUUCAAAGAAAGCCUAAAGAACAGAUGUGAAUUAUUUAGAGAAAUAUAGAAUUCUUUAUUGGCCAAGUGUGAUUAGAUACACGAGGAAUUUGUUUCCGGUGCGUAAGCUCUCAGUGUACAUACAACAAUAGUGAUAAGCAACAAAGUUAUAGUCAUAAGAAGAGAGGUAAAUUCUGGCAGUUAUAGAUGUUGUAUUGGUUUUCAAUUAAGCAAUUUGUCCUUGCUUGUAAGAUGGAACUGCAUGGCUAAUGAGUUAUCCCACAAGCCUAUAUAAAGGCCAUUAAAAUUGGUUGCAAGGCCUUGUAGCCAUUUUGCCUUCCUCAUUCCUAUCUAGGAACAGGAUCUGUUGUCAUCGAGAAUCUGACAAGGAGGCAAAAUACAGGUAGUCCUUGACUUUCAACCACUCAUUUAGUGACGUUCGAAGCUACAACGGCAUUGUAAAAAGUGACUUACAAUCAGUUUUCACACUGACAUCCGUUGCAACAUCCCCAUGAUCAAAAUUCGGAUGUUUGGCAACUAGUUUGUAUUUAUGACGGUUGCAACGUCCUUGGAUUCAUUCUGUGAACUUCUGACAAGCAAAGUCAACGGGGGAAACCAGAUUCACUUAACAACCCUGUUACUAAUCGAAUAACUGCAGUGAUUCACUUAACAACUGCAGGAAGAAGUGUUUACGAAAGGGGGCAAAAUUCACUUACAACUCUUCUCAUUCAGCAAUGGAAAUUUUGGGCUCCAUUCUGGUCUUAAGUCAAGGGCUAUAACUGCGCGCUUAUUCUGAAUUGCUGCAAAUUGUGACUUCAUUGAGAAACUUUGUACCCUGGAGACUGAGUUUGGCAGACUUCUGGGAUUUUGUUAGCAAGCUCCCUUAUCUCGCAGGAAAUGGAGCCUAUGUUAAAUGACAACUGUAAACAAAAGAGAUUUUCCUGCGCUCCUGAGAGUGUUUGCAAGGAAACAACGGAGAAUUUUAAGGGACUGGCUUCUCUCUGCGGUAUUUGACUUGCUUGCAAACUAUCACCAGGUUGCCUAAUCUGACGAUGCACUGUACAUAUACGAUGAACAAACCUGUAUCUUUGUAAAUAAAACAGAUUACAACAUAAAGAGAUUGCAAAAUA